AUGUGUGUGUAUAAGUCCAAUUUGAAUAACAGCAACCCUUCUUUUAUAUUCGAAAGAACCGUUCAGGAUGUAAACUCAAAUGACCUAUUUCUUCAACCCCCGGUGUCUGCUUCUAACACAGCUCAUAGUUCUAGAUCCAACAGUUUUUAUAACUUACAAACUGUUUCUCCGAUACCUAUCUCUAGUAGCAAGGUCAAAACUCCGUCGUUGAGGAAGAAUUCUAAUAAUGUCUCUUCUCCGCUAGAAAACAUUAUGCCAACCUCCAGGUCGGUGUCGAAUUCCACCACGAGCUCACUGGCACAUCAAGAGUACAUUUUGAACCCCCUUUCAGACAUGCAUCACCAUCAUAACCGCCGUCGUACCCUAGAAAACUCGGUUGCUCCCGCUUUAGACGCUAGUUGCUCACUAGUGAACGAUGAAAAUACAGACCUUAGCGAUGUCGAUAUGGUUUAUUCAAGAAGACCUUCCUCUACUGUUGGCUUGAAUAUGGCUCUAUUGGGCAGAACAAAUAGUGCUACCCUUCCCUCAUCGGAACCUUCGCCAGCGUCUCCGGACCUUAAACUUUCAAGAUCUUAUUCACAUUCUGCCGCAAGUCGUCCGACUUUAAAUAACAUUAACAACACUGGGAUGACCACUACAACAUCAAAUGGAGAACCCAACUCAAGAAUCUUAAGAUUCUACUCUUAUGUUGAUAUGCUCAACGAUGAAAAACUUACACAAACAAAUAGUACCCCAGUAUCUAGACCACCUAUGAAAUCUCAAGCAUGUUCAUGCCCUUUCCUACUUAAAAGGUCUCAACCACAACCAUACUCAUCAUCAUCAGCGACAACAACAUUUUCAAAUCCUUUCAUCAAGAGCACAGAAUUACCAUCUGGUUCGCCCUAUGUCUCCCCACAACAAACCGCCAGACGAUAUUCUAAUAAUAAUAUUAACACCUCUAAAUCGCCCAGAAACCGGUCAUCUUCAAUACUACUACAAAGACAAUCAAUUCUGUCAAACACAGAACCUGUCACAAAUAUAAGGAGGAAUCCCAGAUUUCAAAUAGAAUCAAGCGACAGUGAAGAAGAAGAUUUAUCGAUAGACAUGCUGGAACACUCCUUUCCCUUAACUUCGUCUUUGCGUUCGGGAGCAAACUUGGCAAGCAAUCCGGAGUUAGCAAAUCAGAUACCUUUAUCAUCAUCUUCUUCAUAUACAGCAAUAGCCAAGUCUAUGCCCUUAGCAACCGAUCCCUCAUAUGUGUCUUCUUCUAAUACGUUAACUUCUGACCAUGAAUUAAGAAUUGAAAAAGUUAGUGAAGUACUCAAGAAAAAAGUUUCAAAUAGUGGGUUUUCAACCGAUUUUACCAGUUGUGAUACAUAA